GGGCGGUAGAGGGCUGUAAGUGAGAGGGGACCUUUAUAGCUCGAGUCUUUAUCACAGAGCGCAUUUUGUGCCCAGAGUCGAGACCAAUAAACACCGCGCCAGGAUGGGAGUCGAGGUCGAGACGAUAACACCCGGAGACGGAAGCACUUUCCCCAAGAAAGGACAGACAUGCGUUGUGCACUAUGUUGGAUCUCUGACGAACGGCCGCACGUUUGACUCCUCUCGGGACCGAGGCAAGCCCUUCAAAUUCAAGAUCGGCAAGCAGGAAGUUAUCCGCGGCUGGGAUGAAGGAGUGGCUCAGAUGAGUGUAGGCCAGCGUGCGAAGCUGACUUGCACCCCUGACUUUGCCUACGGGAGCAAAGGCCACCCUGGCAUCAUCCCUCCCAACGCCACCCUCAUAUUCGACGUGGAGCUUCUGAGCUUGGAGUAACAGCGCUGCAGUUCUUCUCAGGUUUUUCCCUAUUCGUAUUUUCAGGGUCAACCUUUUUUGGGGAACAUGGCCUCCUGCACGUGAUCCUUGAAAGGGGCUAGUGUUGUUAGCUACACCACUUAGCUUAGCUCUGUCAUCCAUUUGUAUAUUUUGUUACCUUUUUAUUCCUUUCCUGCUGAACAUGUUCAUCAAUAUGCUCUCACCCACUGGAUGCUCACUAUAAACCUCCCACUUUUUCCUUUUCUCUUGUCUUUUUUUUUUUUUUUUUUUUGUAUUUGAUUUCUGUAAACACGUUCACUUCAACAGGGCUUUGGCUGAGCUGGUAGUCUGUACUCUGGUGGGGAAAUUUGGCUAAUUAUGAAAUGUUAAAGUACUUGAAAAUAAACAUUGUUUAUAAAAAGACAGAA